UCUUUUUUGACUCCUAUUGGUUAUGAAAUAGGAUCCAUUUGCAUUUGUGAAUUGCCUUCAUCUGGUUAUAUCAAUGCCCUCAUAUGAGUUUGGUGUAAAAUAUGUUCCGGAAAAGAUGGAGAAUUCUCAUGUGUCACAUGGCAAUGGUAAUCUGGCUGAUCCGGGAUUACAGAUUAAAAAGCAUUCUUUAUAUCAAUCUGGUGGCAAGUAUUUGUUACCUUGGUUUGAUAUAAGAGUGUUCUAUGUCAGAAUAAGUAAUUUCAAGGUGGAUGAGUCGACCCCUGAAUCUCUUACUCUCAAUCACAUCCCCCUUGGUCCGGACACCCUCCUUGAAGUGAAUGGUGUAAGAUGUUCGAUUGACUCAGAAGGAGUUUCAUGUUUACUUCGAAGGGAUCGGGUCGAUAAGACAUUCGAAGAGGUUACAUUUGUGAGCACAGAUGGUAUAAGGCUAACAGGGAGUGUAAAGUUUGAAGUUUUCAAUAGAGAGGAUCUUGUGCUCUUUGGAGUUCUAGAAAUGCCUAAUACUAAUGGUUUUCUUGGGGAUUCAAACAACACGGCGCAUAAGUGGAGCAUGGAUUGUGAAUCAGUAAUGAGUCCUGGCACGGGAUUUCUGAAGGGUAAACAGAUUAAAAGUGCUGAAUUAUUCUCACCUACUAUAGAAGUUUAUGUUGCGGGAAGCUUUUUGCGAACACCGGUCAUAUUAACCAAGACUCUGCAGCUUAAACAUCGGAAAAAGCAUAGAAAGGGAACAUUGGGUUCGAUUCCUGAGAAUGAAACCACCGAAUCCAAUCAAGAUGUUGCAUCUGGACUUGAUUUACAGGUUGCAGAAUACAGAAAUUAUAAACCAGAAAAUGAUGAAGUCUAUGAUAACUCCUACUGGAGGAGGACAGAAUAUGUUGAAGGUGAAGAUGGGGAACUUACCUGGUUCAAUGCAGGCGUUAGGGUUGGUGUUGGAAUAGGCCUUGGCAUUUGCCUUGGAGUUGGAAUUGGAGCUGGUUUGCUGGUUCGUACUUAUCAGACUGCCUCCCGAAACUUUAAAAGGCGGCUUUGGUAGUUUUUUACCAUGUUAUCUUGCUUCAUCAUGAGCCAAAAUCUAAUGUACAUUUGGAUUUAUGUUUUGAGUGCAAAUUACUUGGCAGAAGCCCUUUUUUUUUUGGUGGUGUGUGUGGGAGUGGGCAAGGGGAAAAGAAAAAAAUUCUCGUCGUGAAUAAUCUGGGGUUUUUGAUCUUUUUUUCUUUCUUCUUGUAUAGUUUUUGAGGGAAUUUUACUCCUAAACGUUGAAAAGGGGUGGAGUAAGACGAGUUGUAUAAUUUGCAAAAACCCAGUACUAAAUGUAGCAAAGUUUGUUUUGAAUUGUAUAUACAGCAGGUUUGGUUAA